CGCUCACCACCGGCCGUUGUAGUCGACUGUAGGGGUCACUACAGCAAGCCGGCUUUUUCAGUGCUACAGUUCUACUGUGAUUUUACGUAUAAUUACAAAAAACUUUCGUUAAUUACACACGUUAAGUUAGUGAAAGUGUGAACUUGACGUGGUGUGGUCAAUAAACUGUUUAAUAACAUCAUCGAAUUACCUUAAGGUAUGGAGUGGGAAGGGCCGGGCAAACAAGGCUUGUACGACCCUCAGAACGAGCACGAGGCAUGCGGCGUUGGCUUCGUGGUUGCUAUCGACGGCAAGCGCUCUCAUAAGAUCGUGCGCGAUGCAGAAGUGCUCGCGAAACGCAUGGAGCACCGCGGCGCGUGCGCCUGCGAUAACGACACGGGUGAUGGCGCGGGCGUGCUGACCGCCAUCCCUCACCAGCUGUACUGCGCACAGCUUAGGGACAGUCAUCAGAUUGAUCUACCGCCAUUCGGCAAGUACGCGACGGGCAUUUUCUUCUUGGACAAGCUGCACCACCAGGACAUCGAGAAGAAGUUCAAAGAGUUGGCCGAGAGCCUCGGUCUGCAAGUGCUGUGUUGGAGGACGGUGCCCACCAACAACUCUACUAUCGGUCAAGUAGCUCGUAAUUCGGAGCCGUACAUGCGACAAGUGUUUGUCACCGGCGAUAUCGAAGACGAGGAACAUCUGGCCAGAAAGAUAUUCGUGCUCCGCAAGCGCGCGUCGCACGAGCUGGUGGUGCCAGGCGCCAGGUUCUAUAUCUGCAGCCUGUCCUUGAGAACUGUCGUCUAUAAAGGGCUGCUUACUUCCAACCAACUAUGGGAAUAUUUCAAAGACUUAAGCAACCCGGCGUUUACGACGUAUUUAGCGUUGGUGCACACGCGCUUCUCUACCAACACUUUCCCCAGUUGGGAAAGGGCGCAUCCUUUGAGAGUGUUGGCGCACAAUGGCGAGAUAAACACGCUCCGAGGGAAUGUCAAUUUAAUGAAGGCUCGCGAAGGUGUCAUGAAGAGCGACUUGUUCGGAGAUGAGUUGAAGAAGCUGUACCCGGUGGUGGAGCCGAACCUGUCGGACUCGGGGUCGGCGGACUGCGUGCUGGAGUUCCUGUGGCAGUGCGGGCGGCGCGCGCUGCCCGAGGCGGUGAUGACGAUGGUGCCGGAGGCGUGGCACGCCGACCGCACCAUGGCGCCCGCCAAGCGCGACUACUACCGCUGGGCCGCCGCCGCCAUGGAGCCCUGGGACGGGCCCGCGCUCAUCGCCUUCACUGAUGGACGAUACAUUGGUGCGAUUCUGGACAGGAACGGUCUGCGGCCUUCACGUUUCUAUGUGACCAGUGAGAACAUACUGGUGAUGGCCUCCGAGGUGGGGGUUUACGAUGUAGAACCCGAGAAAGUUAUCCACAAGAGCCGACUGAAGCCAGGCCGCAUGUUGCUGGUGGACACGGUGGAGAAGAAGAUCAUCCAGGAUGUGGAGCUGAAGAUGGAGAUCGCCAACAGCCGCCCGCACUCGCAGUGGCUUAAGGAACAGAUAACAAUGGAGGACAUCCACGCGUCUGUGAAGCUGGAGAAGUGCGGGCGCGCGCUGAACGGCAACGCUAUCACGGGGCUAUCAGACCGCCGCCUUGCUCUCUACGGGUACACGCUGGAGGCCAUCAACAUGCUGCUCGUGCCCAUGAUACAGAACAAGAAGGAGGCGUUGGGCAGCAUGGGUAAUGACGCGCCCCUUGCCUGCUUGUCGCAAUUCCAGCCGCUGCCAUACGAGUAUUUCAAGCAACUGUUCGCGCAGGUCACCAACCCGCCCAUAGAUCCUUUUAGGGAGAAGAUAGUGAUGUCUUUGCUGUGUCCGAUCGGUCCGGUGGGCAACAUCCUGGAGCCGAGCGCGGAGUUCGUGCACCGGCUGUCGCUGCCGCAGCCCAUCCUGUCGCUGCCGGACCUGGCGGCGCUGAAGCAGACGUCGCACCGGGGCUGGCAGACGCACGUGAUCGACUGCACGUACGACUGCGCGGAGGGCCCGCUGGGGCUGGAGGCGGCGCUGGGGCGCGUGUGCGCGGCGGCGCGCGGCGCGGCGGAGCGCGGCUGCCAGCUCAUCGUGCUCAGCGACCGCAACGCCGGGCCCGAGCGCGUGCCCGUCAGCUCUCUGCUCGCACUCGGUGCUGUUCAUCAUCACCUGAUCGACACUCGGCUGCGCAUGAAGGUGGGCAUCCUGGUGGAGACGGCGGAGGCGCGCGAAGUUCACCACAUGUGCGUGCUACUCGGUUACGGCGCGGACGCGAUCUGUCCGUACUUGGCGUUCGAGCUGGCGUUCGCUUUGCGCGACGACAAUGUCAUCGACAGUUCGCUGUCUGACGAUGACAUCUACAAGGCGUAUCAGAAUGCCAUCGAAACAGGCAUCGCUAAGGUGAUGGCGAAGAUGGGCAUCAGCAUGCUGCAGUCGUACAAGGGUGCGCAGAUAUUUGAGGCAGUCGGCCUCAGCGAGGAUGUCGUCGAUAAAUGCUUCAAGGGAACACAAUCUAGAAUCGGUGGUGUAACAUUUGAAAUCCUCUCGAACGAGAUAUUCGAUAGACACGCCAUGACGUAUGGAAGUUCCUCCGAUACUUUAGUAUUAAGGAAUCCGGGACAUUAUCAUUGGCGUGCGGGAGGAGAGAAGCACAUCAAUGACCCAGUUUCCAUUGCCAACCUGCAGGAAGCUGCCCUCAGUAACAGCACCUCUGCUUACGAUAGAUACAGGGAGAGUGCGCUGGAGUCGAUCCGGGCGUGCACGCUGCGCGGCCAGCUGGAGCUGGUGAAGCUGGACGAGCCCAUACCUCUGCACGAGGUGGAACCUGCCGCGGAGAUCGUCAAGCGAUUCGCCACAGGCGCGAUGUCGUUUGGCUCUAUAUCUCUGGAGGCGCACACCAGCCUGGCCAUCGCCAUGAACCGAAUCGGCGGCAAAUCCAACACCGGAGAGGGUGGAGAGAAUGCCGACAGAUAUCUCAAUCAAGACCCGGAGUUCAACAAGCGGUCGGCCAUCAAGCAGGUGGCGUCGGGCCGCUUCGGGGUGACGGCCUCCUACCUCGCGCACGCUGACGACCUGCAGAUCAAGAUGGCGCAGGGCGCGAAGCCCGGCGAGGGCGGCGAGCUGCCAGGCUACAAGGUGACGGAGGACAUAGCGCGCACGCGGUGCUCUGUGGCGGGCGUGGGGCUGAUCUCCCCGCCGCCGCACCACGACAUCUACUCCAUUGAGGACCUCGCCGAGCUCAUCUACGACCUCAAAUGCGCCAACCCCAAGGCACGCGUUUCCGUCAAACUGGUCUCUGAAGUCGGCGUUGGAGUCGUCGCUUCCGGUGUUGCCAAGGGUAAAGCGGAGCACAUCGUGAUAUCUGGCCACGACGGCGGCACGGGCGCGAGCUCGUGGACGGGCAUCAAGAGCGCCGGCCUGCCCUGGGAGCUCGGCGUCGCGGAGACGCACCAGGUGCUCGUGCUCAACGACCUGCGCUCCAGGGUGGUGGUGCAGGCGGACGGUCAGAUUCGUACUGGAUUCGACGUGAUGGUGGCCGCGCUGCUCGGCGCUGAUGAAUUCGGCUUCAGUACUGCGCCCCUCAUAGUACUCGGUUGUACGAUGAUGCGCAAAUGUCAUCUCAACACGUGUCCAGUGGGCAUCGCGACACAGGACCCGGUGCUGCGCAAGAAGUUCGCCGGCAAACCUGAGCAUGUCGUCAACUACUUAUUCAUGCUUGCUGAAGAGGUGCGGACGCACAUGGCGGCGGUGGGUGUGCGCCGCUUCCAGGAGCUGGUGGGGCGCACCGACCUGCUGAAGGUGCGCGAACACAACGAGAACCCCAAGGCGCGGCUGCUGAACCUCUCCCUCAUCCUGAAGAACGCGCUGCACAUGCGCCCCGGAGUCAACAUACACGGCGGCUCCAAGGCACAGGACUUCCAGUUGGAGAAGCGUUUGGACAAUACUCUGAUAGAGCAGUGCAGUGGCGUGCUGUCGGGCGCAGACACACACGUCGCCAUCAACAUGAAGAUAACCAACGAGGACCGCGCAUUCACCUCCACGUUAUCCUACCACAUUGCUAUGAAAUAUGGUGAUGAAGGUCUACCCGAACGCACCAGUAUAGAUAUAUCGCUGACGGGCUCCGCGGGGCAGAGCUUCUGUGCUUUCCUCUCCAGGGGCGUCAAUGUCACGUUAGAGGGCGACGCCAACGACUAUGUCGGCAAGGGCCUGUCUGGCGGCACCGUCGUCAUCUACCCGCCCAAGAGUUCGCCCUUCGAGUCGCAUCUGAAUGUGAUCGUGGGCAACGUCUGUCUGUACGGGGCUACCUCCGGCAGGGCGUACUUCAGGGGCAUAGCGUCGGAGCGGUUCUGCGUGCGCAACAGCGGCGUGACGGCGGUGGUGGAGGGCGUGGGCGACCACGGCUGCGAGUACAUGACGGCCGGCACCGUGCUCGUGCUCGGCCUCACCGGCAGGAACUUCGCCGCCGGCAUGAGCGGUGGCAUAGCAUACGUGUACGAUGUGGAUGGCUCGUUCAAGGACAAAUGCAACCCUGAGAUGGUGGAACUGCUGCCACUCGGAGAACAAGACCUGGAAGACGUCAGACAACUGCUGCAAGAGUUUGUUGACUACACCGGGUCGAUAAUUGCUAAAGAACUUCUGGAAAGUUGGCCGGAGCCGGGCAAGAUGUUCAUCAAGGUGUUCCCGUACGAGUACCAGCGCGCGCUGAAGCAGCUGGCGCUGAAGGGCGCCGCGCCCAAAACGCAGCACAACGGCAAGGAGGAGAACGGCCUCGUAGACAUCGAGGAGACCGUGCGAGAUGUCGACCUCGAUAAGAAGAACUUGGAGAAGGUUAUAGAUAAAACUAGGGGGUUCAUAAAGUACCCGCGCGAGACGUCGCUGUACCGGCCGGCGGAGCAGCGCAUGCGCGACUGGGAGGAGAUCUACAGCGGGCGCGAGGUGCGGCGCGGGCUGCGCGUGCAGGCGGCGCGCUGCAUGGACUGCGGCGUGCCCUUCUGCCAGAGCGCGCACGGCUGCCCGCUCGCCAACAUCGUGCCCAAGUGGAACGACCUCGUGUACCGCGGCCACUGGCGCCAGGCGCUCGACCAGCUGCUGCAGACCAACAACUUCCCAGAGUUCACGGGGCGCGUGUGCCCGGCGCCGUGCGAGGGCGCGUGCGUGCUGGGCAUCUCGGAGCCCGCCGUCACCAUCAAGAACAUCGAGUGUGCCAUCAUCGACCACGCAUUCGACAACGGAUGGAUACAGCCGCAGAUCCCCGAAUGCCGCAACGGUAAAACAGUAGCAAUAGUUGGCUCGGGCCCAGCGGGACUGGCUUGCGCACAUCAACUCAAUAAGGCGGGGUACACGGUGACGGUGUUCGAGCGCAACGACCGCGCGGGCGGGCUGCUGCAGUACGGCAUCCCCAGCAUGAAGCUGAGCAAGCGCGUGGUGGAGCGCCGCCUGCGCCUGCUGGCCGCCGAGGGCGUCCUCUUCAAGUGCAACAUACACGUCGGCAAAGACAUCUCCGCCACGGACCUCGCCAACGAAUACGACGCGCUGGUGCUGUGCGUGGGCGCGACGUGGCCGCGCGACCUGCCGCUGAAGGGCCGCGAGCUGAACGGCAUCCACUUCGCCAUGGAGUUCCUGGAGGGCUGGCAGAAGAAGCAGGCCGGCGCCGCGCACCAGCCCGGCAAGGACCUGCCCGCGCUCAGCGCCACCGACAAGCACGUGCUCGUCAUCGGCGGCGGCGACACCGGGUGUGACUGCAUAGCGACGUCGCUGCGGCAAGGCGCGCGCUCCAUCACCACCUUCGAGAUCCUGCCGGAGCCGAAGCGCGCGCGCGGCGCUGACAACCCCUGGCCGCAGUGGCCCAGGAUAUUCAGAGUGGACUACGGGCAUGAGGAGGUGAAGGUGAAGUUCGGACACGACCCGAGACAGUUCUCCACGCUCACCAAGGAGUUCCUCGAUGACGGUAGCGGCAACGUGUGCGGCGUGUCGUGCGUGGAGGUGGAGUGGGUGCGCGGCGCGGGCGGGCGCUGGGAGAUGCGCGAGCUGGAGGGCACGCAGCGCGUCGUGCGCGCAGACCUCGUGCUGCUCGCCAUGGGCUUCCUCGGCCCCGAGCGGCACGUCGCGCACCAGCUCGAUUUGCCGCUGGACGCGCGCAGCAACAUCGAGACAGACAAGACCAACAUCUACAAGACGCCUAUGAGCAACGUCUUUGCCGCUGGAGACUGUCGUCGCGGUCAGUCGCUGGUGGUGUGGGCGAUCUCCGAGGGGCGGCAGGCGGCGCGCGCAGUCGACCUCUACCUGAGCGGGCGCACCACGCUGCCCGGCCCCGGCGGACUGGUACACGCCUGAACAACCGUAAAACAACAAAUUACUAUACAG